AUGUCGUUGGAGGACUCUGCGCCCACCGCUCCACCUCCACAGGCCGCCAGAGAAGCCCAGAAGACGCCACAAGCUGCGAUGGACACAGUAACAACAGGAAGUAAAAAUGGACCUAGCCCACCCAAACAGCGCACCAGCCACCGAGCAGCUGCCGCUGUAGCCAACGCGUUCAUGGCUGCACAAGCGCAAGAAGAAGCGGCUCCCUUGGGCGUCGUCAUGGCUAAAGCUUUCAGUGCUAAACCUGCAAAACAUAAUACAAUAGAGUCCAGCAGUGCUCCAGCUCAAGAGCAGCACAAUAACUUGGGUAUGUUGCUCUGUGCCGCCCUGGGGGGCGAAGACACGAAGAAACGAGCCACCGAGUCGCUCCCUCCAGCUCCAAAGCGAGCCAAAGUCUCGAGUAAGUCCAACAAGGUGGAGGUCAGAGGCAAGAAGCGACGCCAAGCGCCAGUAUACGACGCAGCUCCCAUGGAGGCGUCGCCCAUCAUCACAGACCUCCCGCCACUGCCCUUCACGACGCCGGAUGUAGCCAAGAAGAAGUAUAAGAUUCGAAAGGUCGCGCCGCUCAAAGAGAGCGACAGCGAGGACUCUCGCCACUGCGAGUUCUGCAGGAAACGAGCCAACAUCUGCGUGCUGCUGCACUGCCACGCGUGUCGCCGCGCGUAUCAUGCCGGCUGCUUCGUGCACGCCUUCAAGGCGCUCGUGGACGCGGAGACGCCCAUUCUGGACCAAAUGGAGCGUCUGCAGCUGGAAGCGCCCGAGAGACGAGGCAACAUUUUCCGCUGUGCGUCGUGCAAAGCGGCCUUUCUGGACUUCUACGAGAGCGACGGCUACCUCUGGCACUGCGACUGCCCCACGUGUGUGGAGCCCGACAAGAAGAUUUUCUACCGACAGCGGAAACUGGUGCAGAUGAUGAACGAGAUGGAGCUCGAGAAGCAACUCAAGAAGGAGAAAAAGGGACAAGGCAAAGCUGCAACAGCCAAAACGUCGACGUCGACGCCUCGUGGGACCAAUUUAUCGUCCCGAAGUCGACGCACAAGAGGCGGCAGCGCUGCGUUGGACGAGCAGGUUGUCGCCUCUCGAGCGUCUCUAGAAGCUGUGGAGAAGGAGAGCAACGACGAGAAGACGAAGGAGCUGAAAGUGGACGAAGGUGGACAGGAAGCCGAGACGCUGCGUCUCCCAGCUGAGACUGAAGACGCUUUUGCGCUGUCCGGCGACGCGCUGGUUCAAGCUGUGCGCGUGGCACACGACGACAGGAGCGGGGCCUGGACGUUCCCAGUCAUGAGCUCGCGCAGCUCGAGUCUCCACGCGUCUGGCAUCAUGAAAACGGGCACUUGCCGGUGGUUUGUCAAGAAAGUGGCCUCGGUGCAGUGCGACUGCUGCCACCGACUGUUUCGCUUCCCAGAGUUUGUGCACCACACGGACAGCGCGUUAGUGCGAGACGCCAAGUGCGCGGACGAAGACCCGAUGCCGUUUCUAUUCGUCGAGCAUUGCGACAACACGCAGCAUUCGCCUCUCGAGGAGUUCCAGGCUGCGCUACGCAGUUGGGUGGGGCGUCAGAGUGCGAGCAACACGCCGACUAAGGCGCCUAACAGUCGGAACUUAAAUCCGGACGCACGCAUUGACACACCGACGACGCCAGAGCCAGAAGUGGACGCAGCCAUGUCCAGACUACGCACGCUGGCGCUGUUCAAGCGUCGGAAGCACCGGAGCGACAAAGUGUCUACAGCCGCGCGUCUGACUGACCAAGAGCCGAUGGAUUUCGUGGCUCAAGUCGUGUGUCUGUCGCCAAAGUACGUCAUGAACAUGGCGGACGGAGCUCUUGCCGACCGUGUGGUGCGGUCCAGAACAGCCGUUCCGGACGGCUCGUUCCCGCGCAAAGCCGGCUGGCUGACGUUCAAUAGCAACGGCCUCAAGGCGCGCCAGAUCACGUGCGUCUGCUGCGAGAAGAGAUUCGUCUGCGAAGAGUUCGUCAACCACGCUGGCAUCUCGCAGACGGAGCUGAAGAAGACGCCCCGCAAACUUUUGUACGUCGUGGAGCGUCAGGACGAGUCGGCGUUGAUGCCGUACAUGACGUUUGCAAAAGACCUGGAAGCUGCAGCCACCAAUAAGGUGCUGGAUGCGCUGCUCGAUGGGCUGCAGCCGCCACCUCCGUCCCCUCGACCACUCGAGCUAUGA